UGUUGUUGUGGGAGGGGAUUGAAGCUCCACACCGUCAGACUGAACUUUGAGACGCUUCAUAAACCAAAUUAAACCUUACGAUCACCUCGUUUUUGAAAAGCAAAGGUCACCGUUUAGCGUUAGGACAGCAGAGCAAGACGACCAACCAGCAAACCAGCCCCAGAGGUCAGAUUGGAGCUAAUAAUCAAGCCAUGCUGCGGGACUGAUCCGACGCUGUGUUGACUUUUAAGUAACAUUGACGGUCUAUACACACUGGUUGAGUGUGUGUGUGUGUGUGUGAAAGGACCCCAGCAACUCCAGGUAAAAAAAAAAAGUUCCAUUUUCUUGUCUCUGGUUAUUUUUAUCUGGCGGUUCAGUUCAGGAUGGACAGGAAACAGCUUUGUGUGAAGCUGUCGGUCCAGCCGUCCAGAGGGCUGAUGGAUGAGAAGUUCACCGUCUUGGUCCAGAACCUCCCCCCCGGGUUCCAGCUGACCGUCCACGCCCUCCACCAGUGUGAAGACGGACACAGCUGGGAGGCAUUUGCUCACUACACCGCCGACACCACCGGGGCCGUGAACCUUUCAGAGGAUCCCAGUCUGGACGGGACAUAUUCUGGGGUUGAACCGAUGGGUCUACUGUGGAGCCUCAGACCAGUUCCAGGCAGCAAAUCUGGGCUCAGAAUGAGGAAGAUGAACGUCCAGACCCCCAUGGUGGUCACAAUCUCGGUGUACCAGGGUCACCAGACGGAGGGCUUCUUGGAUCAGGUGCCGCUGGCCAGUGUGGUGGUGGAGCGAUGGUACAUGGCGCCCGGUGUCCUUAGAAUCCCGAUAACAGAGGGCAGUCUCACUGCGACACUGUUCCUGCCCUCAGGACCCGGACCUUUCCCUGCGCUCUUGGACCUUUGGGGGGGUGGAGGGAAGUUGGUGGAGUACCGGGCAGCGCUGCUGGCCUCUCACGGCAUCGCCUCCAUGGCCCUCGACUACCUGACACCUCAAAUUACUCGGGAAACUGGGAAAAUGGUGGACAGUGAUUACUUUGAGACGGCCUUUAGAGUCUUGGAGCAGCACCCUCAGAUCCUCGGCAGCAGGAUCGCCAUGCUGGGUCUUUCCUUUGGCACCAGUGUCACUCUCAGAAUGGCCGUUUACUCCGAGGUUAUGAAGCUCAGAUGUGCAGUGUGUAUCAGUGGGAGUCAUGUGCAGCCGGUCGGUGGAAGUGUGGAAGAAAUAAUGGGUUACUUUAACAAAAACGUUGCGAAGACUCGCUUUGACGAGAACAACCAGGUGAUCUGGAGAGAUCUGCUGCUGCCCAUCCCCACAGACCCCUCACUCAAAGUGGACGUGGGACGACUGCAGUGUCCUCUGCUCGUCGUUGUAGGUGAGGACGAUCAGAACUGGCCCACCCACGAGUCUGCAAUGGACAUGAAAGAGAUGAUGGAGCGAGCGGGGAACAGCCACCUGCUGACGGUCCUGUCCUACAAGAACGCCGGUCACCUGCUCGAACCUCCGUUCACACCGUUCGCCCGAGCCAGCACCUUCAAGACUGUCACAUACCCACAUAGCAAGGUAGUGGUUCUGUGGGGCGGAGAGCUGGUGGCACAUUCUCGCGCUCAGGAAGACGCCUGGAGGAAGACGCUGGUCUUUCUGAGGGAGAAUCUGUACGGGGGCAUGAAACCCGGUGCUUCAUCUGCCAACUUGUAACCAAGACAACAAGUAAUAAUCACACUAACUGGGACUUCUGGCGCCCGGAUUCAGGAAGUAAAAGUCCGCUCGAUUUCUCACUUUCUCCUCAAGCUUAAUCACGUUAGCUAAAGCUUUGAUGGACAUAAAAUAUUCCUGGUUCAAUCAUUACAAUCCUAACUCAUCUAUCGCAGUCACCGUCCCGGCCAGAGGAACGGACUUCAUAACUGAAUUUGUUUUUCAGGCCAGAAAAGUGACCUUUUUGAAUGUAAUUAUAAUACUUUGUAAUCAUGUUGAUUACAGCUUGAAAUGCUACUGGUUGAAUCAGUACACCAUAUCAAUAACUGGUGGUAAUAUCAAAGUGUAUUUAUAUAGCCAGUGGGGGAUUUUAGGGUGGAUGCCAUCACUCUUGUUAAAAUAAUGUGCAAAAUGCAUGUGUAGAGAGAGCAGGGGCAGAGGGGGACUCUAGUUUAAUAUAUGUUCAUCUACCUGAUUCGUUAAUCCUUUCUGACAUUUCACCGUACUGUUUUCCAGAAAGGAGAAAUUCAGUUUGGCCUCGUUUGGACCAAGAGUGAAAUAAAGAUAUUUUCUUUUAAGAA